UCGCGUGAGGUCGACGACGUGAUCUUUCUCGUGGUGGCAUUGCGAGUGACCACGACUUGCGAAGUCAUGUCUCAGUGUGUAUGCGUGAGAAAGUGUGUGUUUUCGGCAGCUGUGUCUAUCUCAGUGUAGCGUCGCGUCUUGGAAGCGAUCAGACGCGGUGUUUCUUUCGGGGUUUCUCUCGGUGCUGGCGUAACUGCGGUGUCCGUGGUGAGGUGCCGGGACGUAGUCACCCUACUGGCUGUGUUCUCCUCUCAUAUUACCAUGGAAACCAGGCGACGAUGGGGUCAGUGCAACGGGAGCUCGUGUCAAAGGACAGGGGAAGCGGCGGCGGCUGCCGCGGCUGACCCUGAUAGUAUCGAGUUGACCUGCGUGCCGCCGCUGCCACAGGACCUGGAGCAACACAUCAGGGAGUGUCAGUGCUCAUGUGAUCACCUAGGCUUCGGAAACUUCAAGACCAUCACCUACGUGGAGGGCCAGCACUGGGACAAUGUGGACGUGAUUGACGUCAAACCGUCCGCGUCCGCGUCCACCGUGGACAUUCUGCACGGGGAGCUGCCCGGCGCCGGCUCGCCCUGCAGUCCCGAGCGGCAUCGGCACGGCGAGAAAAAAGGUGAGACGGCACAGUGUCUGUGA